AUGAUAUGUAAGAUUGCAUCAUUUCCACAGCGUCGCUCGCAUAUUUGGGACCAAUUGUUCGACUUCCAAUCAAAUCGACAUCAUAGCACUACUAGGCGAAUCCCCCCAAGAAUUGUUUGCGAUUCGACAGGCUCCACUGUCGACGUUUCCAAUUGUCGUCGGAGCAUUGAAGUUGAAACCACGAUCACUGAAACCAUCGAUAUUAAUCGUGGCAAUUCACCACCGCCAAAGCCGCCAAUGGUCCGUUCCAUUUACACCAUAGCCAAUCGAGAACGUGAUCCGUACCCUGAACGGGAAAGGAGCACAGUCGCCUCGCUGGCGGAGCGAAGUUUUGUGACCAACACGGACCGAGAGAACGCCGAUCCACCAGAUCAUUUGGGUUUUUGGUCUUGGGAAAAACCAGCCGAGAAUCAAUACGAUAGGAGGAAGGCUGAGAUAGCGUUCGCCGAAUACGCUAAACGCCAGAAGGAGAAGAUGAGAGAGCGGAAGAAGCAUCAAGAGGAGAUGAUUCGAGUGAGCAAUCGGCGUCAGAAAAGUUUGAAUCAGCGAAAAUCGAAAAAUUGCCCGAGAAAAGAGGAUGGCAGAAAGUUGAUCAAAUGCGAUAAAAUGCCCAAAAAUGAUUCUGUCGAAAUUCGCAACAAGAGAAAUGACGAGGUUAAGAUUGACAGAAUCAAUUACACAAAUGACAAGCUGAAUGAUUUUUGCGAUGCCGCGAAGCCGGCGUUCUAUGGGACCAUUGAAGCGGAGCGAGCCGCCGCGCGAGCCGCCGAGCACAUCUCGAACGCAUGUGUGAGCUUGAAGAAGUUGAAUUUUGUGGCCGACCGCGUUUAUCCCGAAUCUCAACAGCAUUUGGAGAAAUUGACCAAAAUCAGCGAUGAGCUUAAGGAUUUUAAUGCGCAGUUGAAGCUCAACAAGGCUAAAGUGCCCAAGAAUAUGAAUCAGAAGGGUAACAAUGUGGCCCAUUUUGUAAUCGAUAGCUGA